AUGCCGAAAAGACGUCAGGAUGGCCGACUAUAUGCCAUUUUUCUGGUCACCGUCGUUGUCGUCAUAAAGGCCGAAGACGUACAUCGUCAACAGGAAAUCCGGAGUCUCUGGGCAAAUCCAGAGAAUUCGAGGGUUGUAAAGGAAGGCAAGGCGCAAAUAAUUUUCCUGACCGGUCGGGCCGCUAAACCGGAAGUGGAAAGCCGAUCCGAGAGUUGCCCCCUAAUCGUGGAUGUUGCCGAGAUGUACGAGAAUUUGUUGCAAAAGGAACUCGUCGCUUACAAAUGGCUGGCCGAGCGGAAGGUGGAUGGCUACGUACUAAAAGCUGACGGCAAGGAUACGGUAGCCGAUUUGGAUCGAUUGUUCCACGAAUUGGAGCUCGAAAAACCGAAGGGAAUCCCCGAGAUCUACUGCUCUAUAAAUGCGGGUGUGGUGGCAGAGAGGGAUCCGUGCUCAGAGUGGUACGUGCCGUACUUGGCCAUGGCCUCCGAGCAAUUCCCGGCGUACUGUAGCGGGCCAGCGUAUUUGAUGUCAUUUCGAGCGUUGAAGAUGAUUCUCGAAAAAGCGGAUCGACAAGUGCCGUUCAUCGUGGAGGACGCGUUUUUCACCGGAAUGCUGGCCAGGGCGGCCGGAAUCCCCGUUGUCGAUCGGAGCGAUAUUUUUGCGUCUUCUGGCUGCCGAGUCGGAAUUUAUGAUCGGUUACGAUAUUUUAUUAAUAGGCGCUACGAGUCGGAGGAAUACCCGAUCAGUUGUCACCGGAAUGGGAGCAGAACAACGGCUAUCAUUAGCAAUUCGAAUGAAUUCGAGAUCAUCACGAACCCGCAGUUCACGAUGCACAUCAGCCCGCCGGUCGGCUGGACGUAUUUCCCGACUGUUAGCUCCGACACGCUGGCGAUUUGGUACUUUGUGGGUCAGUCGAACGACACGACGACGGCCAACACGAGGGCAACGGCUGAGAUUCAAGCAUCGAUGAUCGAAGCUUUAUUGAACGCCCAAGUGCCGACCCAAGGAGUUACAAUCAACGACGAUUAUCAGCCGAUUCAGAUCGAAAACCCGAUCAUGCUGACUGGUGCAGCGAAGGGGCCACUGUACGGUAAAGUGGAGGGAGGAGCCGUGACGCAGAGCGCCACGGGACCCACCACUGCCCUACCAGUGUUCACCGCCUACAACAGGCAGAUGACCGUCACCCUCAUGAACUUGCGGUCGACACGGUUCACCCUCAACAUUGUGAAGAACGACUUCAUCCAGCGCAUGUCCACCAAGUACAACGUGAAAUUUGGCGGUCUCUCCGAGGAGGCGUACAUCUGGGUCUGGACCUCUAUUCUGAACGUCUGGCACCUCGGCUUCCUCAUCGGCAACCUGCUGAUCCCGUUUUUUGCUGAACGUUUUGGUCGAAAAAGUGCCUUACUGUACGCGGCUUGCGUAUCACUUUGCUCUACGGUUCUACUACAUCUCGCAAUACUUCUAAUGCUGCCCGAACUGUUUUUUAUCGCUAGAAUCUCGAGCUCGAUCGCCGGAGGGUUGAGCUUUGGGACGCUUAUUAUAUUUUUGCAGGAAACCACCCCCACGAAUCUCCGCGGUGUCGCCUCGUUCCUGGCCGAGGUCACCUUCUUGCUAUGUACGGUCGUCGGGAUGGGUGCCGGGAUGGACCGGGUUUUUGGGCGGAAUUUGAUUGCACUCACAGGUUUGGCCAUCAUCCCGGGAGUGAUCUGCGUUGGUACGAUUCUGCCGCUACACGAAACGCCAAAAUAUCUGCUACUGGGAAGGCAUGAUGAGGAGGCGGCCAGGGAGGCGGUGGAAUUUUACUACGGAGACGAGUACGACGCUGAUGAGGUGCUGAAAGAGAUCCAAAAAGAGGGGCUGGACGGCGAUGAAAAAUUCAACUUCUACCGCGGCAUCCGGCUGAUCUUCUCGGAACCAUACCUGAGAAUGCCAUAUCUCAUUGGGUUGGCUAGUCUUCAGCUUGUCAUGGGCCUAUUCCCGAUCAUCUACCUGUCGACGAACUUCUUGGAGGAGAUGUUUGAGCCGGCCAUGGCGCAGCUGGCGUCUUUCGGGUUCAUCUUGGUGCAAUUCGGUGCGGGGAUUUGUGGGACUUUCGUGGUUUCACGCUGUGGCCGCCGUCCUCUCCUUCUCGGCCUGGGUGCGAUGAAUAUCUCUUCAUUCAUCUUGUAUAUUCUGUUCGAGCGUCUUUUCAGCUACUACGGUGGCCCCUGGGGCUAUGGAUGUAUUUUAGCGCUGUGCAUUUUCGGCUUUUCCUAUGGGCUGGGGCUGGGCCCGAUCUCUUGCUUCAUCACCAGCGAACUCGUCGUGCAACGGUAUCGCUCUCUGGUGCAGAGUAUGAUGUACGUGACGAACACGCUGAUCAGCCUGGUCGUCUCCUACCUCGUGCUACCGGCCUACACCCAUUUCGGGUGUCUCUCGUUCCUCGUGCUCUUCGUCAUCCCGUCGCUCUUCGCGUUUGCCUAUCUCUACAUCAAUUUGCCGGAGACGAAGGAUCGAGAGAUCCACGAGAUUGUCGGCGAGCUCAAAGAAAGGGUCGGCUGCUGCACGGCAUCGCGUAGUUUCUCGGAAUCCUCAUCCACCAACAACAUCACUUCCGAAGAAACCCCAUUGACCAAACAAAAAACCGGCCAAUCCCUGCUACCG